UAAUUAUAAGAUCAGAGCCAUUUCCGAUUUGAAGCUAUUUUGAAGAAAAAUAUUUUUUUUAUGUUUAUGUUGAUUUAUAAGGAUUCUGGAACACUAAAAAAUAUAUAUGGAUGCAACUAGUCAAGAGGCACACUUAAAGAAAAAACUACAAUGUUUUCUACAAGAGCUGUUGAGGAUGGGUACAGUGAAGGGUUUCAAACACUUAGCCACAUACUUGAGAGGGAAAGAAGAAAUGGUUAUAAGCAUUGUAAAUGAACCUCAGACUCAACACCGUGUAUAUAACACAGAUUCUAGAAGAAAUAGUGUGAUGGAGGAACAAGUUCCAGAUCCAAGUAAAAGUUUUACAUCUCAACAACUACCUUACGACAAACGAUCCUUAUUGAUAUCCCUAAGAUCUCAGAUGAACCUGAAUUUAAAUGCACCAAAAGGGAUUGGAUUACCGCCAGCCUCACCUAGUGAUAAAGAGAGCAAUGUUGAUAGUGACACAACAUUAUUUCUUAUAGCUGGUUAUGCUAGAUACAGUUGUCCAUAUGUCUGGGUCAGAUCUAACCAUCAAAGACUUAUCAGAUUGACCAAUGAUUCCACACAGGAAAAGGACAGCCCAUUACGUCUCAAAACAACAAACAAAUGGAAUUCACAUGACAUACAUAUCUGGGAUAUUAUAGCAGAACUUGUCAAGCUGUGUACUUAUCCAUCACCUUUGAACCCAUUUGAAGUUGAUUUUGACUAUUUUACCACUUUAUCAUUACAAGAUCGAGUCAUUGCUACAGGUGCCAUGGUUCAUUGCUUACAGAACAUAGUAUUACAUACACAGGAUGAAAAAGUAUACGCUAGUAAAGUUUUUGAGGAGUUGCAGAUAAUCACAAAGCUUCACUUUCAAGCUUUACAACAGCUGGUAAAAGAUGGAGGACUACCUGUCCUACAACAGCAUAUAGCCCAGUCUAAUCCUCGACAAAGGAGUACAAAUUCUGGAAGUUCAAGAUAUCCUAGUGCAGGUCCUGGGUACCAGACACCAACAUAUACCAGUCAGACAUAUCAGACACAGCCACAGUAUGGAUAUGCUCAAUAUUGAGACAUUUAUUAUGUGCAGUACAAUUUAUAAGGUUGGGGGACGUUACAUUGUGAAUGUAAUGUAAAUGUAAAAGAUCAAAUCACUAAGAACAAAUGGAGGGAAAAAAGAUCUGUCUCAUAAUUGUGAUAAUUGUUUCAGUCAAUGUAGUUAAUUUUUUUUUUAAUAUGCUUGAUAUAAUUUUGUGAAAUAUUUAAUUGUCAUUCUUGCAAUGGUUAGGGUUUCAUUCCACCUGAUUUUUCAAGGAUCAUGUACUUAAUCUUUUUUUAAUUCAAUAUACCUUUAAUAUUUUUUUAUGAAAUAACAAGUAAAGAGCUAGCGGUAAAAUGAAACCAAGACAAUCACAGUAGACAAAAACCACAAGCCGAAACAGAAUAUAUCUUUGAAUAUUAUACAAUUACUUAUUUAUUAAAUGUCCGUCUGAGAAAAAUAUGUAUUUCACGACAUUUGUUUACCAAAAUCAUUUGAUAUCGAACAAAUUAUCAUUAUUAUAAAUGUACAAGCAUAUAACAAUUAGCGCAGUAACUGAAGGUCAGUUUUCUUCAGGUGAUUUAUUCAAAGUCCAAUUCAUAUAAAAAAAAUAUUUAACAAUGUGGAAUAAUACUCAAUAUAUAAAUUUGGUUCAUGAAAAGAAUAACAGAAAAAUACCAAGAUAAGUUGAGAGUACAAAAGACAACAUCAUCAAAAAGAAAUGGAUCCUUUUAGAAAAUAGGUGUACAAUCAACAAAAAAACAAAAAACAACAUAUUUACUGUAGUCCAAAUGGCUUGACUUAUAGCUGUCUUCAUAAUAUCCUAGUAAACUUUAUUAUAAAACAUUUCAACAUUUUACAAAUGUGAUGUGGUAGUACAUGAAUGAAUAAAAGUGCAAUAUUU